AUGGGAGACGUCCAACCCGGCCAGGGCUAUCAGCUUGGAGUUGAUGUCGGCGGGACAUUCACAGAUGUAUACGUCUUCACACCACACGGCCAGACAGUUCGCGCAAAGGUCCCGACUACGAUCCCUGACCAAAGUAUCGGUAUUAAGAACGGUAUCGCGAAAGCGCGUCUGCUUCUCAAAGAGCAGUUCGGGUGGUCGGGGACAUUCCAGUUCAUUCAUCACGGAACCACAACGGCCACCAAUGCCGUUCUCGAAGGAAAAGGUGCCCGCACCGCGUUAGUGACGACUGCGGGCCACAAAGAUAUUCUUGCGCUUCGUCGGUCUCAAAUCCCCGGCGGGUUAGGCGCGUGGCUGCAUUGGAACCCGCCAGAUCCCAUUGUGCCACUCGAACGCGUUGUUCAGUGCAAGGAGCGAAUGUCGGUCCAGGGUGAGCCGGUAUCUGCAGUGGAUGUGGAUGAUUUACGCGUUGGAUUGCGGGAGUUGGCUAAGCAAAAACCGGAGGCAUUGGCCAUUUCACUUUUGAACUCCCACAGCAAUGACAAACAUGAACGCGAAGUUAAAGAAAUUGUCCGUGAAGAAUUUGGCUCCGAUUUCGCGGUUAUAUGCUCAGCUGAUGUCCUGCGCGAGGUUGGUGAGUAUGAGCGCACAGUCACGACCUGCACGAAUACCCUCGUCAAGCCGGUUGUUCAAACAUACCUUCAGAAUCUGUCCCUGGCUCUCGCCAAAGAGAGUGAGACUAUUCGGGUUCUGAAAAGCGAUGGCGGCCUCACCAGCCUCGCGCUUGCUUCUGAGCUUCCAGUGAACAUUUUGAUGUCUGGUCCUGCAGGAGGUGUUAAGGGGGUCGCAGAUGUUGUGGCUCGAAGUACGCCUUACAAAAAUUUAAUCACCCUUGACAUGGGAGGAACUUCAACGGACUGUGCCUUGAUUUAUAAUGGUCAGCCUCAGAUUCGCAGAGAAACCGUGGUCGAGAACCUGUCUGUGCGGUCACCGGCCGUGGACAUCAAGACUGUCGGCGCCGGCGGAGGCUCAAUCACCACCUACAUGGAAUUGACAGAGACUUUACGCGUCGGACCCGAAAGUGCUGGCGCUGUGCCAGGCCCCGCAUGUUAUGAAAAGGGUGGGAAGCAGGCGACCGUGACAGAUGCAAACCUGGUACUGGGAUAUCUGCCAAAGAACCUCCUCGGUGGUGAUUUUGCCUUGAACGUGGAUGCAUCUCUGGCCGCAGUCGCUGAAAUUGCGUCUCAAAUGAAGCUUCCGGUUACUCAGACAGCCGAAGAUAUCAUCACAAUCAUCAAUGAGACCAUGUAUGGAGCUCUGCGUCUUGUGUCCGUGGAACAGGGCUACGAUCCCCGCGAUUUCGCCCUGGUUGCCUUCGGAGGUGCCGGUCCGCUGCAUGCUAAUGCAGUAGGUGAGCUUUUGGGGGCAUGGCCAGUUAUCAUCCCCCCCUCUCCCGGUAUUCUUUGUGCACAGGGCGAUGUAACGACGAAGCUCAGGCAUGAACAGUCUACAACAUUUAUCCGUUUGUUAUCUGAUACAACUGCAUCGGAAAUCUUUAACCAGUAUGAUAGCCUAGAGAAUCAAUGCCGUGAGACCCUGCAAAAGUCAUCAGGUGAACAUUGGCCGGUAACUUGGAAAUCCGCAUAUCAAGCAGACCUUCGAUACAAAGGACAAGCGUUGACUAUCACCGUUGACUUGACUGCCGAUGAUUUGACUCUGGAUACACAGGGAUGGUGUGCGGUCCUCCGGGAAAGAUUUGACCAACAGCACCAGCAACUAUUCACCUAUACACUGCCGGACUUUGAGCUCGAGCUCAUGCGACUCGGGGUAAUUCUCGAAGACGCAUCGCCCAGUAUUGACAUCCCUCAAGUCGAGAAAGCGGCAGCUCCAGAGCCUCCUGCCAAUGCCAAAAUUGGUGAACAAACAAUCAUUGUGCAGGGCAAGGAACAACUUGCCACACUUUGGGAUCGCCAGAAGAUCUCCAAACAGGGAAUCAGGGUCACAGGACCAUGUAUAGUCUCUGAGAUGGACAGUAACACCCUUAUUCUCCCAGGGUACUUUGGUGAGAUUGACGGUAUUGGAAAUAUCUUGAUCAGUCCCCAAGACAAAAGGCCAGUCGACGCUACUCAGCAUACCGCGGAAUCGGCAAAUGAACUUAAGCGAGAUGGACCAGAUGAUGCUGCGAUGCAGCAUGUCCCUGCGAUCAGAGAACAACAAGACGAAUUCAACGUGAUCACCAAUGCCAAGGGUAAAAUGCUUGUCGGUCAAUUCGGCAGUUUUAUCACCGAGUUCCUGAAAGUGUGGCACGGCACAAUCGAGGAAGGAGAUAUUUUUAUCACAAACGAUACGUAUCAGGUACAAGGUGCCAUCAGCCAUCUGAACGACAUCAUUGUAUUUCUGCCCAUUUUCCAUGAGCACCGUCUGAUCGGAUAUGCCUCGCAGUUUGGCCACCUGACUGACGUGGGAGGCAUCGUUCCGGGCAGCAUGUCGAUCAACGCAACCUCCGUGUUCGACGAUGGUGUGCAGAUUCCUUGUAUCAAGCUCUAUUCCAAGGGCGUGAUGAAUGCAGACAUUGUUCAACUUCUAUGUCGGAACUCUAGGCAGCCAGCAUGGUAUCGUUCUGAUCUGACUGCUAUCAUUGCAGCAUGUUCGAUGGCUGCGACACGAGUGCGUGAACUAGUGACAAGAUUUGGUCAGGAGGUAUACCUAGCUUCAUGUGAUGAGCUGCUGUACAGAAAUCGCACUGGACUGGCCAAAAUCGUGGAGCGACAGUUCAACGACAAGAAAAGCACAUUUACAGACUUUGUGGACGAUGAUGGUCACGGUGUUGGGCCGUGGGCGCUUACUUGUUCGAUGAAGAGGAUCGAUGGCAACCGACUGCUCUUCGAUUGGAGUGGCACUUCUCCCCAAAGCCAGCACAGCAUCAACUUCUACCUCUCAGAAACCAUGUUUAAGAUGUUUAUUGGGUAUUAUCUGAUAGCAGCCGCAGCACCCGGUACGGUCAUCAACGAUGGCUUCCAUGAACUGAUUGAUGUUAAAAUCCCCGAAGGAACGGUACUCAAGCCCGUUCGCCCAGCACCCAUAUCAUGCCGAACCCAUUUGAUGGGCCGUACACUCGACAUUGUUCAAGCUCUGAUCGGUCAAAAGAACGACGCUUAUCAAGCUGCCGCUGGGUUCAGUGACUCGCCUCACUUCUUUUAUUCCGGAUUCAAGCCAAACGGCGAAUGGUACCAGCUCUAUCAAAUCGGCUUUGGAGGAGUUCCUGCCCGCCAAGCUGGCGAUGGGCCCGACUGCCACUGUCUCUUCCCGGCCAUCAAAUCUAUUCCCACAGAGAGCAUUGAAUUGAAUUACCCAUUGCGCAUCGAGGCCAACGAAAGCGUUGCGGAUAGCGGUGGUCCUGGAUAUUUCCGCGGUGGUAAUGCCCAGCGUACGCUCUAUCGGUUCCUCGCGCGAGGCGAGUUCAGUCUACAUGACGAUCGAUGGUUUACGAAGCCCUGGGGUUUGAAAGGGGGCAAACCCGGUCGACGAUCUAGCAAGGUGCUAUACCGAUACUCUCGAUCUGAGAUGAACCCUCCGACGGAAAUUCUGCCAUCCAAAUGUGACCAUAUUCGAGUCGAUCCGGGAGAUCUCCUUGAAUGGAUCACCUGGGGAGGUGGCGGACUUGGGGAUCCAUUGACCCGUCCUGUUAACAAGGUAGCUCUAGAGGUUCAUCGAAAGCUUGUCACGAUCGAGGGGGCUCGUCGGGGAUAUGGCGUGGUCGUGAAGGACGAUUUCACGGUGGAACAGGAGGAGACAGCGGCACUGCGCGCGCAGAUGAAGAUGGAGCAGACCAAGCUAGUACCGUUAUCAUCGAUCUAUGAUCGUGGUGGUGACAUUGAGACACUACGUCAGUCAUGUUUAGAGGAGACCGGUUUAGAAGCUCCGGUACCACAGUGGGAGACGGAGUUGUAUGGCCCUCAUUCCGGGUUGGAGUAUGUGCAGAAGUGGUAUGCGGAGAUGAAGGUGGCAAAGGGUUGGAGGGUGGAGUAG